GCGAGCGAACUUGUAUUUUGUCGCUGGUGAUGGUGACGCGCGAGCAACGGCAAUCCGGAGUCAGUGAUGCCAGAAUCAGCCUAGAGAAAUUCUGUUUAUUACGUCGACACUUUCCGCACUUGAAACGAGAUAGAUAUAACUCGGACAUUGGAGAGAAAGAAAAAAGAUAAAGAGACAGGAAAACAAUAAACAAUUACAAAAGCAAAAGGUGUGUUCUUUGUAGCUGCACUGGGUUCUACUUUUUUGCACCUAAAAUGAGACAGAAAUAUGGAUAGAUAUUGGCGACAGAGAGAGGGGAAACAGAGAUGAAGAGCACAAAGAUUUCAGCUAAAGAAUGGACGUCGUGAUGUUGCGUGAUGUUGCGUGGUUGGAUGCACCACGGUGUAUAGGGUGACGCGAAUCGACAUCGAUCUCGCCGCGCGACCGCGCGAUUCAUCGGCGUGGAUUACGUGGAUAUCUCAUUUAUUAUUUGAACACUGUAUACGAUUUUAAAUAACGUCGAGGUUGGUCGAGGUGUACCAUUCAUCAUGCGUAUCUCGAACCACGUUCCAUGCCUUUUGCAGUGCUGUCUCCCGUAGAUAUCUGUUUACCGUGAUGGAUAAACCGCCUGAGAAAUUACCGUGCAAAACGCUAACAGCCAAAGAAUUGUUAUGCAGCAAGGGUCUCAGUAAUUGCGUACUGGAGGAUUUGGAGAGAUCCUUGAAAGCUUUGCCCAGAAGUGGAAAGAAGCAUUUUGAACCUGAUAACUCUUGGCUUCAAAAUGUUCAGAUUGAGAAAGGGCUUAAGAAUCGCAGGGACUUGUUAAAUAUCGAAAGGGUCGAACGUAUCUCGGAAUUGGCCAGUGCCGAAUGGCUACCGUCUCAGAAGAGAGCUCUUGUUACUAAAAGAUCCGGUCAAGACUGGAGUAACUUUGGUCUGGAGAAAAACGGUUUCCUAUAUUUGCUCCCGGAGGAAGCGUUAUUUCUCAUGGAAACAAAUUGUCUUGAGCUCAUUUGGAAUGGGUUGUCAUGUUCAAUCCAGCAAGCAUACGAGAUCUUGAUUGAUGACUCAGCAUGUACCCUGGAAGAAUAUAGAGUUUAUAGUCAAUUAACACGCUAUGGCUAUCGUAUACAGCGCUACUUCUAUGAAGAGUCAGAUAAGUGCAAUAGAUCAGAUGAACCUACUCCCAUUAAACGGAAAAUUAUUGUUGAUCCUGAGACUGGACUGAGAAUGUCCGACAACCAGCCACAGAAUAAGCAAAGCGCAAAAAAAUCAAAACCAACUUUAGCGAAGGAUGUGCCGGAAACGUCGGAUAAACCUUUUGUUAGUCUUGACAUAAAAGACCGUGAAAAUACUACUGUAGGAGAAUCUGUAAAACAAACAGUACGUAAUCUAGUGGACCAGAUUGUGCGUAAUAUGGAAAGUCAUGAAAAUGAAAAUAAACCAGCCACUUCCGGAGGAGCUGAAAACAAUGUGACAGAAAAUGAUACGAGCAGCGAGGAAAAAAAUCGAAAUUCUAAACCAGAAAUAAUUUCCGACGAGACUUUGCUGGGCAAUAUCAAAAUUCUCAGAGACACACCGUGCAAGAUAUCAAAGUGGCCGGGCGCUCGUAUUCAGCGUAAUGUUAAGCAGUUGCCUAAGAGGAACGAUAAAGUAUCGUCUCCGGAAAUUUCUAUAAUCGAUUCCAAUUCUACGGAUGAAAGUCCGAGGCGUGCAGAGAAACGGAAUAUGCAAAAUGAUGAUUCACAUGCGAAAAAGUUCAAGCACGAGGUGAUUGAGUUGUCUGACGAUGAGAUCCAGGAAUUACCACACUGUAUGACAAGAAUGGAAAUGUUGAAUCUACUACCAAAUAUCGCCUUUCAAUCGGAAAUUAACGAGAAAAUCUCCAAGCGAUAUAUACCGCAUAACAUAAGGCCUCAGAGGAGUGCAUAUCAAUACAAUCGGACGAUGAUUUUAAACAUGCAGGAGAACGACAAACGAGCGCGACAGAAUUGCAAAGAUAAUAGGACCAACGGGAGACAAAACGCCUCUCACUCUAGGAGCCCACUCGCCGUUAAUAACAGAAGUUCUGUCUUUCAAAAUCGACGUACACUCUUGCGUACCCCAUCGCAAUCGUUUUAUCCUGUGGAUCAAAUGCACGGAACGAACAUUAGCUUGCCUUAUGCGUACAGAUUUCCGUUCAAUUACCUUCCAGACGUUUAUUUACAAAAUAGAGUCACGCAGAAUGUAUUUCACAAUUUAUUCGUCGCUUUUGGGAAUCACGGGAAUCACGCUGUUCAACAAAGAAGUCUCACCAUACAGAUGAACAAUUUCAUGAUGCCGAUGGAGGGAUAUCGAACAAGGCAGUUCUUUACCGAGAACCAACUCCGUCACGGUUUCUAUCAGAAUGUUUUAUGGCAGCAGAGAUUUUGUCAGCGGAGAACGACGGAGAACGCAUUGAUCCAUGGCAACGUGCAUUCUGCUGCAAGACGACGACACGAUGAUGCCAAUAAUCUAGUCGGUCACGAGAUCAUUAAUCGGCCUUCCUUUACGACACGUUUAGGAGUUAACUCGUGGACAGAAUUGAAGAGAAGAUGGUCCGAGGAAAAAACCAUCACAAUCGACGAUGAAGAUUAUAAAAACAAGAGCGAAAGCGAGGAAGAUUGCACUGAAGUGCAAGUCGUGAAGCUUGUCAAUCCUUUGGUCGGCCCGAGAAACGCAUCCUCGAUGACAGAAAUCUUCAGUAAGCUCGCUAUAAUAAAAUCAGCACCGGAAAGAAUUGUUAGAAGGAAAAAAAGCAAAUAUAAGAUAUCGUACAAUGUGUAUUCCUGUACGCAUCAUUAUAGAAAGGCGAAUCCUGGUCAACCACUGUACAGCCUGGUAGUGAUAAGGAAGGAAGACUCGAUUAUCCAACCUGUCGAGUUGAAUCGCCUACAACAGGAUGCGAAAGGUUCCCAGAUAGUAUUAGCAUAUGUGUCAAUGUCAAUAUCAUACAUUCAGCCGGGUAUUAUAACGAUGCCAAACAUAAUUUAACUUUUUGUUCGAGUACACUUAAUUGGUUGGAAUUAUUUUGGAGCAAGCGAGGUGUCUAAGUAUGUCAAAGUUUAUCCUGUAUAAGAUCCGAACUUUUUUUGCUACCUUAAUAAACUUUUGUAUACUUAUAAAAGAUGUGUAUAA